AUGACAUGUGGUUCGUGGUCUCGUGCUACUCUGCUCGUGAUGACAAGUCGUUUGCUGUAUACUCAAAGCUUUUUUUUUAAUGGGGGUGUAAGCAUGCCACAAAAACUUGUCCGACAGUUACUACUUGCUGAUCUCUUGGAAAAUGCUUUUCUUGGUAUGGUGGUGGGCGUAAGAUGGGAGAUGGCUUUCCCUGCUCACUAUUUUUCAGCAAAGGAAUUGAAGAAUACGUUGGAAGAUCAUCAGAUGUGUACCAGAGGCCAUUGGAGGCCGGCUGAAGACGAGAAGCUUGUGGAGUUGGUGGAACAGUACGGUCCUCAUAAUUGGAACGCCAUAGCAGAAAAGCUUCAAGGAAGAUCAGGGAAGAGUUGUAGGUUGAGAUGGUUUAAUCAGUUGGAUCCAAAAAUCAAAAGAAGUCCUUUUACACAAGAGGAAGAAGAGAGGCUCCUUGCUUGUCAUCGGAUUCAUGGCAAUAAAUGGGCUGUUAUUGCAAGGCAAUUUCCUGGUCGUACUGAUAAUGCUGUGAAGAACCAUUGGCAUGUAAUCAUGGCAAGAAAAUGUAGAGAAAGAUCGAAGAUUCAUGCAACAAGAGAAGUACAAACGUUAUUGGUCAAUGAACAGAAACAUUCCUUCUCAAAUCAAGAUGUCAGGAUCAUGAAUUGUCAGCCAAGGAACAUCGCUUCGUCAUUUGUCCACAAAUACUUGGAAACUUAUGAUCACUAUCAUGAUCAUCAUCUCUUCCCUCGCAACUAUCCAUCAAUUUGCAAAAAUUUCGACAACGAAAACCCUGGCCAUUAUGAAGGUAAAAAUCAACCUCUCGAGUUUUAUGAUUUUCUCCAACUAAAGGCCGAGUCUAGUAAAAGCGAAGUGAUAGACAACACAAGAAGAGAUGAUGUUGAGGUUGAUCAAGAAGCCAAGGAAUUGCAUCAGUGCAAGGCUGGAUUUCCAUUUAUUGAUUUUUUAUCUGCUGGAAACUCUAGUUAG